AUGGAGGCCAAUGGCAACGGCCUGCAUCGAGCAGACUCCACCAGCUCCUCAGAGAAUGAGGCUGCUCAUAUUGGCGACGCCAUCUGCACAGAAUGCUACGGCAUGGGGCGGUCCAGAAUUGUGAGGCGCAACAUCCCGGGGUUCCGGGAGAUCAUCGUGAGGGCGUUUGAGUGCGAGGACUGCCGUCGCACGGCGGACGAGGCGCAGCUGGCUGGGCAGUACGAUGCGCAGGGCGUGCGGCUGUCGCUGCAGGUGCCGCAGGGCUGCGCCGCCACGCUGAGCCGCCAGGUCCUCAAGAGCGACACGGCCACCGUCAGGCACGCCUGGCCGCCACCCAGCGUGCCCUCCUGCUUCGUGCCCGAGCUCGAGUUUGAGAUCGGGGCGGGGGCGUAUGUGCCGUUUGCCGGCGACCUGACCACGGUGGCGGAUGUGCUGAUGCAGGCCUGCAAGAACCUCAACAUGAACCAGGCCGAGCGCCGGGCGGGGGACCCCGAGACCGCCUCCAAGAUUGACGACUUCAUCCAGGAGCUGGAGGGCUACGCGGAGGGGCAGCACGCCUUCACUUUUGUGGUCGAGGACAGCGCCGGCAACAGCUUCAUCGGCGGCCCAGACGGCGGCCCGGCCAAUGCGGCCAGCGGCGACCCGCAGCUGCGGGUGGAGCGCUUCCGCCGCACCGCGGCUCAGGAGUCGAGGAUGGGGCUGGCCAUGCCGGAUGAGUUCCUUGCAGAGGGGCAGCAGGAGGGGCAGCAGGAGGGGCAGCAGCAGGCUGAGGAGCCUGCCUCGGCGCCAGGACGCCUCAUACUGAGGGUGGAGGGUGAGGAGGAGGUGGGAGCCUUCCUGGCCAGCUAUGCUGCAGCUGAGGCGGAGCAGCAGCAGGCGGCCGCGGCAGCGCCUGCAGGCGUGCACCUGCCCGCCAGCUGCGCGGCGUGCGGCGGUGCUGCAGGCAGCGGCUUCUCAGCGGCCGUGCACCGCCCCAUCCCCGCCUUCAUCCGGGACUGCGUGAUUGUCAGUGCCAGCUGCGCCAGCUGCGGCGCUGCAUCGGCGGAGGUGCGCGGCACCGGCGGCGUCAGCGCGCAAGGCACCCGCAUCAGGCAAGUGCCGCGGCGCUGCUCCCGCUCAACACAGCGCCAGGGCCCUGCAUCCCUGCUGCGUGUGGAGUCCGCUGCCGACCUGCAGCGUGCGGUGCUGCAGUCGGCCUCUGCGUCCAUAGCGGUGCCUGAGCUGGAGCUGGCACUGAGCAGCGGCGGCGGUGGGGGCAUGGCCACCACUGCAGGGGAGCUGAUCAGCAAUCUGGCGCAGCAGCUGGGUUCCAACCCGGCGCUGGCACCGGGCGGCAGCGCCGCCGCCGAGGGCGCCGAGGCGGAGCAGGCCGAGUGGCGAGAGUUUGUGGCGGCGCUGCGCGCCUUUGCGGCGCUGGAGCGGCCCUGGACUCUGGAGAUCACAGAUCCGCUGGACAGCAGCUGGGUGGCGGCGGACGGGGAGCAGAACGACAGGCUCACGUUAGUGCGGUAUGACCGGGCGCCUGAUGAGGACGCACACUUUGGGCUGUCCCAAGGCGGCGGCGCGGCGCGGAUCGCCUAG